GAUCGCCACCAGUGCCAGUGCGACGCAAUGCGCUAUGAGAUCUCGGACCCCGAAAAGUGCUGGGCCGGCGUGUACGACAAGACGUCGGAUGCUGAAGCCUCGUCGCAGCCGCACUGCGCCAACCAGGCCAAGUUGGAGGACGUCUACGUCAAGUACGGCGUCGAUAUCGUCGCUGCCGGCCACGUCCACUCGUACGAGCGCACAGCUCCGAUCGUCAAGAACAAGAUCGACACCAAGAAGGGUGUCGUCUACAUUACGACGGGCGCUGGCGGCCACGGCAACGACUGCACACGCCUCAAAGACGUGCCGGCGUGGUCGACGGCGGCGUACAGCGGUGCGUUUGGCGCCACGCGCAUGGUCGCGACGCGUGACGCGCUGAACGUGUACUGGUUUGCCAACAAGAACGAGACGGCGCUGGACGCGUUUGUGAUGACGAAGGACGGCAUUGUGAGCUCGACGCCAAGCGACCUCAUGACGACGAUUGGGCUGCCGCCGGUCGUCGGCAACGGUUUUCGCGUGCGCAAAUGGGCCGACGAUAUUAUUCAGUAG